AUGUCCGUCACAACAAAAGCAACCAUCGCCUCCUUCGGCGGCAAGCUGCUCAAGCUCAGCCAUGCCGCCAAAUCCACCAACUGCGAAAUGUCCUUCAACCUGUACCUCCCACCGCAGGCCUACAAAUCCCCCUCCCAGAAACUCCCCGUGCUCAUCUACCUCUCCGGCCUAACCUGCACGGCCGACAACUGCUCCGAGAAGGGCUUCUUCCAGCACGGCGCGUCAAAGAAGGGCAUCGCGGUUCUGUACCCGGACACCAGCCCCCGCGGCCUCGACAUCCCCGGCGAAAACGACAGCUGGGACUUUGGCACCGGCGCGGGCUUCUACGUCAACGCUACCAAGGAGCCCUACAGCAAGGGCUACAACAUGUACACGUACGUCACGGAGGAGCUGCCGGCUACCGUCUUCGAGGCGUUCCCGCAGCUUGAUUCGUCCCGUGUUAGCAUCACGGGCCACAGCAUGGGUGGGCAUGGUGCGCUCACGCUGUUCCUGCGCAACCCGGGCAAGUACAAGAGUGUUUCGGCCUUCGCGCCCAUCUCGAACCCCAUUAACUGUGCUUGGGGGAAGAAGGCGUUUGGUGGGUACUUUGGGGAGGAGAGCCAGGAGAAGUGGAAGGAGCAUGAUGCCACCGAGCUGGUGAAGGGGUGGGCUGGGAAGGAGUUGGAUGUGCUGAUUGAUGUGGGCACCGGCGACAACUUCUACAAGCAGGGCCAGCUCCUCCCCGAGAACCUGGAGAAGGCUGCCAAGGAGGCUGGUGUCUCGGGCAUCAACGUCCGCUACCAGCCGGAUUACGACCACAGCUACUACACCAUGGCGUCAUUCGCGGAUGACCAUAUUGAGCAUGCGGCCAAGUAUCUCUUUGCUUAG